AAACCCUAAACCCUAUCCCUCCCACUGAAUCCUCCUCCUUUGCCCUCCGGCCGCCAGCCUCCCGCCGUCGCGCCCUCCGCCGCUGAACCACCACCCUCGCUCCUCGUGUGCUCCGCUACUGGCGCAUCACGCGUCCACUGCCUCCCCCACCUCCCGUCUUCUCUGCCAUCCUUGCUUCGCGUCUUCUUCGCCGUCGUCUUUUCACGUCCUCGAUGACUUUGCAUUCUCACUGUCACCGCGUCUAUGAAGCUUCUCCGCCGAUCUUUGUGAGCCUGGGUUUCCUUUCUCUCUGUUUUCUUCUUGCGGGGUUUUGCAUCUUCUUGUUGGGACACUAGAAUGAUCGUCAUGGGGAUUCAUUGAUUGAUUGUUCAGUUUAUUCAUCUUCACUCCAUCCUAUCUGAUUCAAUUAUUCUCCUGCUCAACAAACCUCAAUCAUUCUCGUACUUAAUUGUGAUGCUGAAGCUUCCCUUGUCGAUUGCUACUGUGCGGAGAAGUAGGUGGAGAAUUAAUAUUGAGGCCAUUAACGUAUUCAAUGGAGAGAGCUUGUGCAUUAGAAUAAAGAUGAAUUAGUAUUAUUAUAUUCUGAAUGCAGAAACUUGAAAACGGGAGCAAGAAAUAGAUGCUUCAACACAUACCGGGGCGUCUGUUAAGUAUUGUUUAACCUCCCACUUAGUUAUUCACCAAGCACAGUAAAAAUGCAAUCUUUUGGUGGAAAUUGCUCGAGAUAUCAUAACUACUUCAGUAGGAAUAACUCGAUCCAAAAUUUAUUCUCUUUCCCAAGCUCAUUUCUUCAGAAGUUCCCUGAGCUCAUGUUCAAGGGCCUCAUCUGUCAGAGACCACAAAAGUUGUGUCUUUCUGAUGAUAUCCAGAAAUUUGAACCCCUUUUGUUUCAAAUCACUGCUGGCCACAAUAAAUUUCCUAUAAUAUUUGCACCUAUUUGCGUCAAUUAUCAUUGCUAUUCAACCAAGGCUCCCUCAAGGUCUUAUAGGAAAAGGGUUCGCAAGAGGUUGUUGAAAUCCCUAAAGCCUACUUUAGAUCAAACAAAAUUUCACUUGGCACUGUCCCAAAUUCCACCAAGGUUCACCCCUGAAGAACUGUGCAAUGUGAUGACUCUUCAAAGUGACCCUUUGGUUUGUUUAGAGCUGUUUCAUUGGGCAUCUCAGCAGCCAAGGUUCCGGCAUGAUGUUUCCACUUUUCAUGUCACCAUAAAGAAGCUUGGGGCUGCAAAGAUGUAUCAAGAAAUGGAUGACAUUGUGAACCAACUGCUUGCGGUUCCUUUGAUCGGUUCUGAGGCACUGUACAACACCGUUAUAUAUUAUUUCACUGAGGCCAGGAAGCUGAGUAGAGCUGUGAAUAUAUUUAAGCAAAUGAAGAAGAGUAGGAAUUCAAAUUGUAGGCCUUCAAUUAGGACUUAUAAUAUUCUAUUUGCUGCACUUUUAGGUAGGGGUAGCAACACCUAUAUAAAUUAUGUGUAUAUGGAGACGAUUAGAAGUUUGUUCAAGCAAAUGGUGAAUGACGGUGUAGAGCCUGACAUAUUUUCGUUAAAUGCUAUGCUAAAAGGUUAUGUCCUUUCUCUCCAUGUUAACGAUGCAUUGAGGAUAUUCCAUCAAAUGGGUGUGGUUUACAAUUGCCAGCCAAACUCCUUUACCUAUGAUUACUUGAUUCAUGGGUUGUGUGCUCAAGGCCGGACGAAAAAUGCAGAAGAAUUAUGUCAUGAGAUGAAGAUCAAGGGUUUCAUCCCAAGUAGCAAAUCUUACAAUUCACUUGUCAAUGCUUUGGCGCUUGGUGGAGAAAUUGAGGAGGCAGUAAGUUAUCUAUGGGAGAUGACCGAAAAACAGAGGUCUGCGGAUUUUAUUACUUAUAGGACCGUGCUCGAUGAGAUUUGCAGACGAGCAAGUGUUCAGGAGGCAAUGAGCUUAUUGCGCAAGUUUCAGGAUAAGGACCUUCUUGAUGAGCAUGCUUACAGGAAGCUUCUUUAUGUGCUUGAAGAUGACUAUGGGAAUUCUGUCAACAGAAUUGAUUGAGGUACAACAAUCAUAGAUUCUUUUAUCAUUUAAUUGUUUGGGAAUUUCUCUGGUGAAGCGUGAAGUUGGUUGAAGAAUGAAGAUUGUAACUAUAUUUUUUAGAAUAUGCAUUGCACAUGUUUUUAUUUUUUAGUAUUUCUCUAUAUUGUAAAAAGAACAAUCUUCCUUCUUCAUUGAAAAACUCUUUACUGUAGAUAUGUCUAAUUGUUGACAUAUCCUGUCAACCAUUAGUUGUAUGUAUUUGUAAUUUCACAUGAGAUGUCCCAGGUUUCAUAUUCUCUUGUAUGUGUAGCAGGUGAACGCCUAAAAGUUUGUUGAUAGUUUUAUGUAUCCAAGUCUUGGAACCCCAAAAAACAAUCAAAUCUAUGUAGAAUUAUGCAAAUAAAUUAUUAACCACACUACAUGGAUAUAAAAAUUCAGCCACUGUAUAGGAAUAGAUAUUUGGUGUUAGUGGAAGAUAUUCGAU